CGGCGCCAGAGCCGGAAAUGACGACACCGAUGAGGCUCCUAGGGCGGGGCCUGGGACGGGUAGCUUUGGGGGCUGGGAUUUUUACCUCGGAAACAAAACAGCGGAUACUGGGGAAGGGACUUUCUCUGAGCGGGCGCCGGCGGGGAGAAGAGAAGACCUAAUCCAGGAGCCUGCAAGCAACAACAGCCCUUGAGGUACAAGGUCAGCGUGGCCUGGAGGAGAACACAUGAAAGAAAGACCCCCAAGAGGCUUUGUUUUCUGUGAGAAAGUAUUUCUAUACAGUUGCUCCAAUGACAGAGUUACCUGCACCCUUGUCCUACUUCCAAAAUGCCCAGAUGUCUGAGGACAACCACCUGAGCAACAUUGCACGAAGCCAGAAUGAUAGUCGGGAACGGCAGGAUUGCAGUGAAAGGCGGAGACCUGGCAACCCUGAACCAGUAUCUAAUGGCCGGCCCCAAGGGAACUCACGGCAGGUGGUGGAACAAGAUGAAGAAGAAGAUGAGGAGCUGACAUUGAAAUAUGGCGCCAAACAUGUCAUCAUGCUCUUUGUUCCCGUGACUCUGUGCAUGGUGGUGGUUGUGGCUACCAUCAAAUCAGUCAGCUUUUAUACCCGGAAAGAUGGGCAGCUAAUCUAUACCCCAUUCACAGAAGACACAGAGACUGUGGGCCAGAGAGCCCUACACUCAGUUCUGAAUGCUGCCAUCAUGAUCAGUGUCAUUGUGGUCAUGACCAUCCUCCUGGUGGUUCUGUAUAAAUACAGGUGCUAUAAGGUCAUCCAUGCCUGGCUUAUUAUUUCAUCUCUGUUGUUGCUGUUCUUUUUUUCAUUCAUUUACUUGGGGGAAGUGUUUAAAACCUAUAAUGUUGCCAUGGACUACAUUACAGUUGCACUCCUGAUCUGGAAUUUUGGUGUGGUGGGAAUGAUUUCCAUUCACUGGAAAGGUCCCCUUCGACUGCAGCAGGCAUAUCUCAUUAUGAUCAGUGCCCUCAUGGCCCUUGUAUUCAUCAAGUACCUCCCCGAGUGGACUGCAUGGCUCAUCUUGGCUGUGAUUUCAGUAUAUGAUUUAGUGGCUGUUUUGUGCCCAAAAGGUCCACUUCGAAUGCUAGUUGAAACAGCUCAGGAGAGAAAUGAAACUCUCUUUCCGGCUCUCAUUUACUCCUCAACAAUGGUAUGGUUGGUGAAUAUGGCUGAAGGAGACCCAGAAGCCCAAAGAAGGGUGUCCAAGAACUCCAAGUAUAACACACAAAGCACAGAAAGGGAGGCACAGGACACUGGUAGAGAGAAUGACGAUGGUGGCUUCAGUGAGGAAUGGGAGGCACAGAGGGACAGUCACCUGGGGCCUCAUCGCUCAACACCUGAGUCCAGGGCUGCUGUCCAGGAACUGUCCAGCAACACUCUCACCAGUGAAGACCCAGAGGAAAGGGGAGUAAAACUUGGAUUGGGAGAUUUCAUUUUCUACAGUGUUCUGGUUGGUAAAGCCUCAGCAACUGCCAGUGGAGACUGGAACACAACCAUAGCCUGUUUUGUGGCCAUAUUAAUUGGCCUGUGCCUUACACUGUUGCUCCUUGCCAUUUUCAAGAAAGCACUACCGGCUCUUCCCAUCUCUAUCACCUUCGGGCUUGUUUUUUACUUUGCCACAGAUUACCUUGUGCAGCCCUUUAUGGACCAGUUAGCAUUCCAUCAAUUUUACAUCUAGCAUACUGGCUAUUAGAAUCUCAUGGAUGUUUCUCCUUUGACUAUAAUACAAUCUGGAAGGACACAGUGAUUUGCCUGUGUCCUCAUCUAACCAAGUCAAAACUCCCGGCUGGACUUUGGCAGCUUCCUUCCAGGUAUUCCUGACCACCUGUACUAUUAGACAUUGGGAGGAGGCAUCUACAGAAAAUGGUUUUGAGCAUACUUCAUCAUGGUGGACUAUGUCCCUCGGUGCAAACCUACAGAUUUGAGGGACAAGGACAAGGAAAUACGAUGGGCCAAGAAGUUGCUGCGUUUCUACCAGCAGUGUGACCCUUGGUUGCAGGAGAUUUUACCAACACUGCGAACUCUCAGGACUACCAUUACCAAGAGGUUAAAUGAAGUAAUUGAAACCAAACAGAACUCUUUACCUUAAGUUACAUGUUGGAAAUCAACCUAAUAAAUCUGUAUUAAUUGAAUUCUGAACUUUUCAGGAGGUACUGUGAGGAGAGCAUGUCCCAGCAGCAAAAUGGAAAGGUCGAAGGGGUCUCAAGCUUUCACUUCCAGACUUUUUUGCUGCAAACUUAAUUUUUAUUUAUUUAUUUUUUGGUACCGAGGAACGAACUCAGGACCUUGCGCUUGCGAAGCAGGCGGCGGAACCACUGAGCUAAAUCCCCGGCCCCAAAUUUAAUUUUUAAAGAAGACAUCCCCUCCCCCACUUUGUGUCACAACAGUUUCCUGUUCUCAAGCACCCUGUUACCAUUUCUGGUUGCCAUUUCUUCUCACCACCAGUCUGAGCUUAUUUGGGGUUGCUUUAUCCUGAAAGUCUUAACCUCAGGUUCCAAAUUCAGUAAUUUCUGGAAAUAAUGGAACUAUUACUCAAUAGUUCCUUAUUAUCCCUAAGUAAAUUCUGGAUUUUCCACCAAAUUCCUAAUUUUCAGAUAUAUUUACAUGUUUGCUCGCCUCUUCUGCCCCCGUCUUUUCCUUCAUCCCCCACAGCAGUUCUCUUCGACAACAAAGGAGGCAGUUCUGGCAUGCCAGGAUCAGGCCCUGUUAAUCCAGAAUUUUAUUCUUUGGUGCAAAAAAAAUGUGUUAUGAACCAGUGCUAUCACCCUUGCUAUCGUAACUCCUUCAGUAGCAAAUAAGAUAUGUGCCCAGAGAGUAGAAUUAAAGAAGAGUGAAAUGGCUGGUGAAGCACUUUCUGUCCUGGUUUUUCUUUUUGUCUCUGACAGGUCAGAAUUUCAGUGAGGGGCAGGGAGAGUACUUCACUGGGAGAGUGCUUGCCUGGUAUGCCUUGAGGCCCCUGGGUUCUAGCCCAGUACUCAAAAGAAAAAAAAAAAUCUCAGCUACUUAGGAGGCUUAGCAAAAGGAUCCCCAGUUCAUGGCCAGUCUGAGCAACUUAGUGAAACCGUGUCACAAAAUAAAAUAUAAAAAGGGCUAGCCAUGUAGCUCCUUUGGGUUCAAUUCCCAAUACUGGGGAAAAUUUUUUGGACACUUGUAUCAAUACAGAACAAGCGUUUGGAGACAGCUAUUAUUUUACUUGGUGAGCUAUGAGAGAACACGGAGUCAGAAGAACUAGCUGCUAAGGUGAGAAAGAAGGGUCCCCCAUUCAAGGGGCAGUAAGCUCACGGUUGGGCGAUGGAAAGUAACCUUACAGUGGGCACUUUGUAGCCCCCCAGCUACAUCGCUGUCAUCUCAGUCUACUUGUGUGACAUGAACUGGUUGGACAGUGGAGGUGCUGGCUGAAGUCAACUGUGUUGUCCAGGCAAAGCACUUCAAAGAGCCAGCAGCCAGUGGCACCUCUAGUGAGCCCUUUGGAGGCACAAGCAUUCCUUACCACAGAGAACCCUUGGCCAUGGUCAUAGAGUAAGUGUUUGUAAGAACCCGUUUCUUCCUGUGGCUGAAGAAAGGCCAGUUUUUCUUCUGUGCCUGCUACUUCCCCUCCUAACCUAUCAUCUGACCUAUUUGGGGUCUUCUUUGAAGUUUGGAAUAUUGUUUUCAGUCAUGGGGAUGUAUCUCAGUGCUGGAGUACUUACCUAGCAUAUGUGAGAGGCUCUGAGUUCAAUCUCCAGCACCUCAAGGAGGAAAAAAAGAAUUUCAGUAGUAGGGUGCUAGUACUAACCUGAAUGUGAGUAAAAACUGGCUUGUCUCAAGUCAUUGAGCAGGAAAAAUAAAUGCAAGGGAAGAGUGGGGCUAAUGGUAGUAGGUCCUAGCAUCUGUUUUUCAUUAAUCCCUUUUUUUUCCAAGAUUCUGUCUUUUCUGCUCUCAAAUGGCAACAUUGGUGUCAACCUUUAUAAAGCACAGGUGUAGCAAAACCACCUGCACACCAUUUGUCAUUCAAGGCAUUUUUAGCUAUAACCUAGAGUAGUUGAUUUAUGUAAGGGUCCCAAGUGUGUUGUAUUUUUCAUGGUAAAGAGAAUAUGUGAUGAUUUGUGUGUGUGUGUGUGUGUGUGUGUGUGUGUGUGUGUGUGUUGGUCCAGCCUACAUAUUGUCCUAUGUAGAAAGAUGGCAAUAAUCCUGUCUCUUCAAGUUUGAACCACAUCUCGAUCUCUGAAAUAUACGAUGCCAGUCUUCCACCCUGAAAAACAGUAUCACUAGAGAAAACAGCAGCAGUUUUGCUGAGGAUGUGCCUCACACACAGGGGAGGGAUGGCUGUGAGCCGGGCAGAACCAACACUAAAGCACAACCAGGACAGCCAGCCUGCUCAGUGAAGAGAAGGAAGAUGCAGCCACUAUGUCUGGAUGGACUGGCCUGAGGAUGCAGGCUGUUUACAUGGAGAAGGAUGCAGUGCCCAAGGGAAUGCCAGCUGUAUUUGGAAGACCUACAGAAUUGGGCCAGAAAGGAAGGGCUCUCCUUCCUGUUUGACUUUCAGUUGGUUAGUGUGUGGUCCAAGGGUCAUAACUCUAAAUGAUUUAAUUUCUCAAUGAGAAAACAUGGAGAGCAGGAAGUUUUCCAAGUGAUUUGGAGGAAAAUAGUGCUUGCCUAGCAUGCGCUAGGGUUCAAUCCCCUGCACUGCAAAAGAACGAAAAACCAAUUUAUCGAGUUUACUACACAACUAACAACUAAAAGGCUAUGUUUCCUAUUUUAAACUCUUGGAUCUCUUAAAAUUCUGGUUUUUAGGAGCCCUUCUUUCCGUAAUAGAUGCCCAAAGGAAUAUGUUUAGUUCUUGGUGUUUACCUGGCCUUAAAUAACUUAAUAUAUAUUCUUGAUCACAAUGUGUAGAUGUGAAAUAGAAGUUAAACUAAGGAAGACCAGAUAUGGGUUAUCUAUAGGAAGCUGCUGCUUCUGCCCCCCAGAACUAGGCUUUGCAUGUGUGCUGUUCAUGACUGACCCUGUAAGGAAGAGAACUCAGAAACCACUUCAAAAGGAUUUGCCAUCUUCUAGGUGCCAGGCCUGGUGCUGGGGUCUGAGGAUGCAAAGAUGAGUAAGAUACAUUCUGAGAAUGCAGCUGGAGCCUCUUGCUUCCUGGCACAACCUCUUUAACGCCUCUUAAAAUAUUGUCAGUAACCACUUUUCACAGACCAUUUACUGAAAGCCUAUAAAACUGAUGUAUAGAGUUGACUUCUUUUAGAAACCAGUCCUUUCAGUACUCUUUUCUCUAAAUUUGCUUUUGGCCAGUUUAUAUAUAAGGACCAGUCUUUCUUUCAUCCUUGCCUCCAAGGGUAUUCUGAAUGCCGAGUUUCGGCAGGGACUUGAAAACUAAACAUUCAGUUUUGCCCUUCAGAUGGAGGCAGUACCCUAUCAUCAUUAUAAAUUUGAGUCUAGAAGCAAUGCUUGUGAUCUCAUCUCUUUUCAAAUUACCAAAACAACAGAUUAAACAUGAUGGACUCAGCUCUUCACAGCCCUCUGAAAUCGCUGACUGGAGCUGAGCUUACUAACACUCAAGUUUAUGGCUCAGAAUCACCUGCCAUGUUUUCUUCCGAACAGCAUACUCACGUGGUAGGAAAUGCCUCAGAUUUGCCUAAUACAAAACAUCCUGGUGCUGAGAUGAACCCCUUUCUUGAAUGUCAAACCUAUUUCCUGGGACCUGGUAACUGGAUGCUGGAUCCGCCCUGGGUCUUGGAAUGUGGUGCUGGCACUUCUGCUUGUCUGGGUAGCGGAGAGAUUUCCCAGAAAGCACUUUUUCUUUUGAAAUACAUGACCUUGAAACUGGAUAGCUCCAAACCAGCUGCAUGGAGUACAGGAUUGUCUGGCUGCUGCAACGGGAGCUGCUAGGAGGAGGGCUUCGGCAGGAUCAUUCACUCUCAUGCAGUCAUUGCCUGGCUUCCACUCCUGUGGAUACUGCUUUGUACAGAAUUCAGACUGUGAAUAUGACUUUUUAUAAAUACCUUUCAAAUUCAUGGUAAAAUAUAAUUUUGAUAGAUGAUUGCACAUUUUCCUGUAUUUGUCAAAUCAAUAAAGGCAUGAAUCAA